AUGGCGGAACACAUGGUGACCAAGGUUUUGCUGGAAUGGAUCAAUAGCUUCUCCUUGGGCAAAACACUCCGAGCCACAGAUGAAUUGACCGAUGGAAUCAUCCUAUGGGAGAUCCUCCAAGAUAUCGACCCGCAGUAUUUCCUUGAUGAGAUCCCCGAACGCAAUCCCGCUGACCACUGGGUCGCCAAAUGGCAGAAUUUGAAGCAUGUCCACAAGCUCCUGCUCAGCUACAUUCGGCACCAGAACGACGACUCCCUUCCGACCGGUCUCGAUCCUUCCCCUGAUCUCGAAGCCAUCGCGGAGAAAGCAUCGACCAAAGAAACCAACAAAUUGUUGAAACUUCUCCUUAUCGCGGCCAUCAGCUCCCCCAACGCGGGAACAUACGUGCAGACACUUCAGGAAUUAAGCACCUCGACCCAGGAGGGCCUUAAGGACAUCAUCGAGGAGGCGCAUAACGGUCAGCAUGAGCCCUUGGAUGUGGCAGACGAGUUGAAGGAGGAAUUGGCGAAACGCGAUCAAGCGGUGGACCCUGAGCUCAAGUUCGAGGAGCGCGUCGGAAAGGUGCUUGCAGAGAACGAUCGUCUCACCCACGAGAAAAAGGAACUGGAGAAAGCGCUAGAGGACUUGCACAAUCGUUUGGCGCGUCUGCAGGAGAACAACGACACUCUCCAGAAUCGUCUGGCCUCUACCGAGGAUCGCCUAGUGACGCUGAAGUCUGGAAAGGGUGAUUUGGGUUUCAACGCGAAGGCUCUGGAGAGCAAGACGCGCCAGCAGGAUGAUCUCAUCGCGUCACAGGAGGCCAAGCUUUCUGCCACCCAAGAUGAAGUCGACAGUCUUCGUAUGACGGUAGAGUCCUUGAAGGUCAAGAACCAGCGGUACCAAAAGCUGCAAGAUGACUAUGAUGAGCUCCGUACGGAGAGAGACCAGCUUGCUCGCAAGGCGAAUGCAGCUGAGAAGUAUCGCCAAAAGCUCCAGGCCAGCCAGGAUUUCGAAAGGGAGAACCAAACUCUUAAGAACCAGAUCAAAGACCUCCAGCAACAAUUGAAAGAGUCAGAUUCGCAACAGCGUUGGACCUCUGAGCGCGACGUGGAAUUGGAAGAAUACCGCAAGCUCCUUCCACGCAUUGAGCAGGAGUGCAAUGAGAUCCAGAACCUGAAGAAACAGCUCGAGUUCAACAAUCACGCACUUACUGAGAGACUUCAGGGCGCGGAUGAGCAACAUGAGCGAGACGAUGCUUUGAUCAGCGAGCUUCGUGAACGCCUUCGAGAGAUUGAAGGCUUGCCAGGCAGUCCAUCGCCGGGCUCCGACACGCCCAAAAUGCAAGGCACCCUUAACAAGGAUUUCGAGGCAAUCGGCAUGAAGGACUCUCAGCUUAAAACCGAGAACGACGAUCUAAAGCGAGAGAUGGAGUCGAUGAAGGGAUUAUCGACUGUUGCGGAAAAUCAGUCAGAAGGCUUUUCCGAGAAUUUCAAUGCAUCUGUGCAGCUUGCAAAGGCUAACUCCACGCAAAGUGACGAAUACUGGAAACUAUACGAGAACUACACUACCACGCUAAAGAAGAUUGCUGAAGUUCAGGAUACUUUGGAAAUCACCAGGAAGGACCUGUCUGACGCGCAGACUCGGCUUGGUCUUGUCGACAUGGAGAAAGCCGAGAUGUUCCGAGAGCUUGAAGAGCACAACUCAGGCGAGCUGUCAAAGCUUCGCGGUGAAUGGAACAGUCUUGCCCAGAAUGUGCGCCACUUGGAAGCCGAAGUGGAUGCCAGUCAGACCUUGGUGCGCGAAGUGUGUUCUGAGCGUGAGGAGUUGCGCAAGAUGCUCGACAACAAGCAGAACGAAAUCAGUGCCGAGGACCAAGAAGUGAUGAACGAGAUGCAGAUGCUGUUGGGAGAGUUUGAGACCCAUAACAGUGAGGGCAGUGACAUGUCUCAGAAGUCGAGCUUUGAGCUCCUUAAACAGUGUGCCGGCGUCUUGGAGAAGAAUGUCGAGCGACUCGCGCAGCGUGCGGAGUAUAUCCAGCAGCAAAACGAGCUCAUCAAGUCGCUCCGGGAGAGCAUGAAGAACUACGAAGAGAACCUGGAUGAUGGCAUCCCUAAGGAGCGUGAAAUCGAGCUCCAAAAAACCAUUGACGAUCAAGCCCGAGAGCUGAGUCUCGUCAGCUCAGCCUGGUACCACCUUCAGACCCGAUGGCAGAAUAACAACAUGACUGUCUCGCGAUACCGGCACGGUGCCAAUGUGGCCGAUCCUCGAGGCUGGCUAGCCAAACAAAGAAGUGUGGUUGCAGGCCAAUAG